AUGCCGAGCAUCUUCACUACAACACUGGCGGCGCUGGCCGUCGCUCCUCUCACUAUGGGUCACACCUGGAUCGAGCAGCUUCGCAACGUCAACGAUAAGGGCGAGUAUGUUGGCGAGUAUGGCUACCCCCGCGGCAUGGUUUCCAAGACAGACACUGGCUACACUGGCGACUCCAUGAACUGGCUGCUACCGGUACAACCCAAGGUUUUCAUCGACGAAACCUCGCCACUGUGUCACACUUCACAGACCAAGCAGGAGCAAUCUUCAGACAAGUACCCUCGCCUGCAAGCUGUCGCCGGCGGCUUCGUCGCCAUGCGCUACAUGGAGAACGGUCACGUCACCAUGGUCGACCCCGCGACUGGUCUCGGCAAGCCUGAGAAAGGCGGCACAGUCUUCGUCUACGGCACCACGGAGCCCAAAGAGGAUGAGAAGCUCGUCGACGUCCUCCGCUGGACCCAGGACGGCUCAGGCGGCGACAAGCGCGGCGCCCUCCUUGCAACCAACGACUUCGACGAUGGCCGCUGCUACGAGGUGAAUGACACACCCAUCUCGCAAGAGCGCCGCGUCUCGGAUCCUAACUUCGCCAUGGGUCAGGUCGCCGAUGGGCCGGGCAACUACCCGCUCUUCUGCGAGACCAACGCCAAGGUGCCUGACACCGCGCCCGAAGGCAAGCCGUACACUUUCUACUGGGUCUGGCAGUGGAACACAGCGCCUAAUGUCGAUCCUGGUCUGCCCACCGGCAAAGAUCAGUACUACACCACCUGCAUGGACGUCGACGUGACCUCCGCCGACACCGCGCUCACUGCCGACGCUGAGUCUAUGUACGCCCUGGGCCCGCAGCAAGACGCUAUGUCCAUCGCGGUAUCUGACUUUGCGAGCCGCACGGCCAUCAUGACCGACGCGCUGCAGGGCGAGGUUGGCCCUGUCUUCUCUGGCUCUGCGACUGCUACUGGAGGUGCGCCUGCCGCUUCUGGCGCGCCAGCGAACUCGUCGUCCAAGGCUCCUGCGUCUGCGGCUCCCACCGCACCGGCGCUCACGCAGAUCACCAACAUCCCGACUAUGACAACCCGUCCUAGCGCUGCGCCCGAGCCGACUUCCGGCUCUGGCGAGGUGGUCACGGUCACGGAUAUCCUGUACGUAACCGUCACUGCUGGCGCUUCUGGCAAGCCUUCGGUGACUGCUUCUGCACCUGCGUCUGGUACUACUUCUGUACCUGCGUCUAGUACUACUCCUGCACCUGCAUCCGGCACUGUUUCUUCUGUUCUGGGCGGCUUCACUGUGCCCAGCGGCGCCGCCAAGCGCGAGAUCCAACGCAAGAACGGUGCCAAGUUUAGGGGUAUGUUUGCAAACUGA